AUGUACGAGAGGUAUAAUGAUGUCGUCGAGUGCUGUGCGCUGCGGCUGGACUUGGAUAUCUUGGAGGACGGAGAUGAUACUGAGAUUGACUCUAGGGGUGUUAGUUUAUCAGGUGACCAAAAAGCUCGGAUGCUCAUGGUCUUCAGUGUUGCACUUGCUCGUGCCGUGUAUGCUCGCACGAAAUAUGUCCUGUUGGAUGAUCCAUUGAGUGCUGUGGACAGUCAUACUGCCCGAUUCUUGUACGAGAGACUUUUCCGCGGGCCGUUGAUGGCAAACCGUACGGUGAUCUUGGUCACUCACCACGUAGAGCUCAUGCUCCCUGGCACUUACUACCGCAUGCUGGAUGGUCGCAUCGAUACCAAGGGUGCUGUCAAGGAUCUCUGUGCGCAGGGUGUUCUGGAUCACAUUGCGCAGGAUUCUACUGCGGAAGUCAAGGAAGAGGAGGCUGUAGCGGCCACCGAGACCCCCAUCGAAGCGCAGGAGGGCAACGCUGAGGAGUUAUUGAGAAGCUCUGGGUUCGGGUUAGUCCAUAUUACUCUCUUUUUCAUUAUCGGCGGCAUUUUAUAUUUGUUCUACGAAUGGGGUCAAGCAUACGGCGGUGGUGCCGAGACAACUCCAUACAUCAUGGCGUCCUCUGCAUUUACCGAGAGUGAGGCUCUGAUGAACGGCUACGUGCCCUACCAUGACCUUCAACACUACUCGAACAGCUACCUCCACGUUAACACCUCUGGCUUCAGCCUCACCGCGCUGCCUGACGCUCAUGAACACCCGCUAUUCUACGUUGGUGUUUAUGCGCUGAUCGGGUUCGCCACCGCGACAUACAACGGAGCCUUGAAAGCGUCGAGGUCUAUUUUCCGUAAGCUCUUGACGGGUGUCGUGUGCGCCACGAUGCGCUGGCAUGAUGUCACUCCGGCUGGCCGCAUGCUCAAUAGGUUCGGAAAGGAUAUUGAAACCAUCGACACCAAUCUCGCGAGCUCGCUAUCAGCUGUCAACCCUUCAUUGGCGACAUUUGCGGCUGCCAUUAUCACCGUCGUGUUUCUUCUACCGCAGUCCUCUCGGUCGCCUAUCUUCUCUGGCUUUGGCGAGUUGCUCGAAGGUAUUGUUACGGUUCGGGCUUUCUCUGCUGAACGGCGCUUUUUGGACGACCUACACGACAAGGUCGACGUCACUACCAAGAUAGGCUCAAAUUCGGUCUUGACUUACUGUUCGAUGGCACUGACGGUUGCCGUUGUAGAGACUCGAUCCUGGGUAGCCUCACAAUGGCACAUAUUGCAACAUAGGUCGAGUCUACAGUAUCAUGCAUGUAACACGACACUUGCGCGAUAA